AUGUUACUUAGAUCCUCGCAAGGCAUUACCAGAUCAAUAAUAAUGUGUGCACAACGUUACUCGACAAUGUGGCCUACCAAAGCUUAUGUGAACGGCGAAUGGUGUGAUGCAAAAUCUGGAAAGACUUUCGACGUUGUCAAUCCGGCUACAGGAAAGACUAUCGCUACUGUACCAGAUUUGGAUGCUUCGGAUGUUCAAGUGGCUAUAAAUGCUGCAAAUGAUGCAUUCAACACAUGGAAAAAGACUACGGCUAAAGAAAGAAGUGAUCUAUUGAGAAACUGGUAUAAUAUUUUGGUUAAAAAUAAAGAUUAUUUAGCAGACAUUGUAACAUCAGAGGCUGGAAAACCAUUAGCGGAAUCAUUGGGUGAAGUAGCUUACGGAAAUUCAUUUGUUGAAUGGUUUUCGGAAGAAGCUCGACGAACUUAUGGGGAACAUGUUCCUAGUCCAAAUAAAACCAAAGAAAUUUUAAUGAUUCGUCAACCACUAGGACCAGUAGGUCUUAUUACACCAUGGAACUUCCCAAUUGCCAUGAUAACUAGAAAAGCUGGAGCUGCUUUGGCAGCAGGAUGUACAUGUGUCAUUAAACCGGCAGAAAAUACUCCAAUCACAGCAUUAGUUUUAGCAAAGUUUGCUGAAGACGCCGGCAUUCCCAAAGGUGUAAUUAACAUUGUAACUACAUCAAGAGAAAAUACUCCAGAAAUUGGUAAACUGUUAUGUGAAAGUCCAGACAUUUACGGUAUAUCAUUUACUGGAUCUACUGAGGUUGGAAAAUUACUGUACAAACAAUGCAGCAGCACAGUGAAACGUGUUGGUUUAGAAUUGGGAGGAAAUGCGCCAUUUGUAGUGUUCAAUGAAGCAGACAUCGACAAAGCAGUAGCUGGAGCAAUGGCUUCAAAGUUUAGAAACUGUGGGCAGACAUGUGUAAGUGCUAAUAGAUUUAUUAUUCAAAAAAAUGUAUUCACAGAAUUUGUUGAUAAAUUAAAAGUAGAAAUGGAUAAAUUAGUCAUGGGUGAUGGUAAGACUUGUGGUGUGAACUUAGGACCAUUGAUCAAUUUUGCUCAGGCAGAUAAGGUAGAUAGAAUAGUAAAUGAUGCUAAGAAUAAAGGAGCAACAAUCAUAACUGGUGGAAAACGGGCAUUAAGUGUUGGUGAACGAUUCUAUGAACCAACAUUAAUUACAAAUGUUACCAAAGACAUGGCCUGUUACGUGGAAGAGAUUUUUGGACCUGUUGCAGUAUGUAUUGAGUUUGAUACAGAACAAGAAGGAUUGGAGAUUGCAAAUAGUACAAACAGAGGGUUAGCUGGUUACUUUUACUCAAAUGAUUUGUCUCAAGUUUGGAGAGUAGCAAAGGCUCUAGAAGUUGGAAUGGUUGGUGUUAAUGAAGGUAUAAUAUCAGCCACAGAAGCAGCAUUCGGAGGUGUCAAAGAAUCUGGUCUCGGAAGAGAAGGUUCUCGCCAUGGUAUGGACGAAUAUACAGAAAUAAAAUAUAUUUGUUUUGGAAACCUAGAAUACUAA